AUGGCUGACACAGAGGAACAAGUACCACCAAUAGAGGACGAAGAACCUGAAGAAACACCGGGAUAUAAAGCACCAGCGCAAAAAUCUUUGGACGAAAUAAAAAAUUUGGAUGCCGACGAUGAAUCUUUGGUAAAGUACAAGCAAACAUUGCUCGGCGGAGCUGCGGCUGCCGGCGGAGGUGAGAGUUAAUCGGUUCGAUAAUCAGUUCGUGGGACCCAAAUAUUCUUUACUGACGUUCGCAAUGUAUUUUUUCGUUCACAGCUGGAGAUGAUGGAGGACCUAAUGUCGUUGUUGAAAAAAUGUCAGUGAUCAUUGAAGGUCGACCCGAUAUUGACUUAGAUCUUACUGGUUUGUAUGAGAAUUUAACCCCACAUGCUCAUAGCUUGUAGCUUUUAGUUUCCCUUUCGUCAUCCUCUUACAGUCGUGAAGAUCCGCUCUCAUUUGACAUGCGAAAUUAGCCGAGUAGAAGUCUUAAUUACGAGUACAUUGAUCUUUUAUCCAUCCGUCCUCUUGGAAACUAAAACUUUACUGUGUGCGUGACAUUUUUGAAUUCGAACUCGGUGUUCUAUGUCAGUAUCAUGUGUAAACUCCAAAUAAAAUGUUUGUAAACUAAAAUGAUUUCAAUGGUUCUUUCUCGUCUUAACAGGCGAUUUGAGCAAACUUAAAGACAGUCCUUUCAUAAUCAAGGAAGGAGUUUCGUACAGGCUUAAAAUUACGUUUAGGGUAAGUGAUAAUAAAUUCUUUAGCUUAAUUUUUAAAUCUUUAAUUUGUGUUAGAUCCUUUUACAAUCGACAUUUUAGAGGAAAAAUAGUCAUAUGCAAAUCAUUUUGUUAUUUUCAUUUAUUCCCAGUGAGUUGUUUUGGUUUUGUCUUUGUUUUUAACUUGAACUUCCUUUUAGCAAUGGACAUCCUGAUAGCUAAUUAGCCAUACAUAUUACAAAGUAAUAAUUAGUUCAUAAUUUUUUGUUCUUUACAAUAGAAAGUAAAAUAGACUUGGUAUUUUAUUAUUGCUCUAAAUGUCCUUAAAGCCCCAUAAACAUAGGAAUUGUCUGCUACUGAACCAAAAACAAUGGAGAGUGUUUUGAAAUUCACGUACUUACUUGUCACAAGUUACAGCAAUGCCUGCUACAAAGAAGUUGCCCUGUAAUUUACCAUAAAUGAUCAAUUAAGUGCCGCUACUCGAAUAAGCGCCGCUCUUGAUAAGCACUGCGGCACCAAUUUGGGUAUAAUUUACAAAUAAACACCCUACCUUUGUUAUGGUGCUUGAUAUAAAGAGAUAUCAAAACUAUAUUGCUUGACAAAUAAGACCCUGACCAACUUGUGAGUUCUCAAGUUUGAAUGUGGGGAAACUUUUGAAAUGGAGUUCAUUUAACGGUUCGAGUUGUACACAUUUGUUUUUUUUCUUGCCCAGCUCUGAGUUUUCUCUACAUUCCCCUCAGUGUUUUACCUGUAGUUGGAAUUAGCGCUGCUCCCGGAUAAGCGCUACACCUAUAACAUGGAAAAUGAAAUAAGCGUCAUGGCACUUGAUCAGUCGUUGUGAAAGAGAGCUAACAAAGUGACAAAUUAAAGAGUAAUCAGAGUUAAAGCUUUUCACCAGGUAGCAGAAAAGAAAAGUUUCCUUAUUGAUGACAUCACAGACAUGUGACAUAAUUUUGGAGUAAAAAUGGCACCAACCAUGUGGCACAAAAUUUUUGUGGGAGUUUAUUUUUGCGGAAUGGCCAUUUUUUGUGUUUUGGGGGAACUAGUUUUAGAGAUUACUACAGAUUGGUUUUUCUUGAUGGGAAUUAAUUUUUGCGAUUUUCAGAAAGUAGCCAGAAUUGAUGAUAUUUUCGUUUUUAUUGAGUACGUGCAAUACUAAGCAAUACUACGGUGUGCAUACCCUAUGUAAAACCAGUAUUUCAUUGUUCCUGAACGAUAGAGACAAGUUGUAAUUGAACAGAUAAAUAAUGUUUGCUGUAAUCUUUAUUUGCGGGAACUUAUUUUUGUGGAUUGCUGGAAAAAUAUUGCAAAAAUUUUGUGAUACAUGCUUGCUGCUUAAGAGACUUAAUAAAACGUAUUAUAUUUAGUAAAGAUGUGUAACUUAAGUAGAAACAAUAGUGUCAGGGAAUAAAAAUUGGACGAAGCUAUUUGACAAAAUAGUGAGAUAGGAAUAACAUGAUAUGAGUAGAAAUAUAUUUCAGUAGUUUGAUAAUUUCCUUGUAAGUAAAUAAAUGUUAGGCUGUCAACCUUAAUGUUGCAUGAAGCGUAAUUUAAUUGCAGAUGUUGUAAAGCAAAGGUGAUUUCUUAAAAUUGUUUGAGCAAAUUUUCUAGUAAACAGUUUGGUUUCUUUACGUACAAAUUGUAAAAGAGACAAAGUCCAACAUCUUCACGUGCAAAUUGUGUGCAUGAGUUAUUUUUUAAAUUCUUCUUACUGGAUUACCUUAUUAUAGGAAAUAAAUGCUCAAUGAAAUUAAGGUAUUGGAAAUUGACACAACAUAAAUUAAUGCAAAUUUUGGAAAUUCGUAAACAAAAGCAAACAAAGACAAUUACAAACAAAACAACUUAAACAUAACAAAGCAUAAGGUUUUCAACAGUCUUAAUAGGUACCUGCCGCAGAGGCAGUUCGCAAAGCGAUAGUGAUGUGGUGGUAGGCUGAUAGGCAAAAUCAAACAAAAAACUCCUUACCUUGAAACUGAGACGUUUAUUAGUUAUUCCAACAGGGUUGGAAUAAAUACUAGAGGAACAGCUUGAAUUUGGAUAUUUUGUGGAUAUGUAUGUGUCUGGUAUUAAAUUUCACAAUUCUAAUAUUCGCGAGUAUUAGAUUUCGUGAGUAUUACAUUUCGCAAUUAUUCCAAAAUCAUGAAAAUCAUGAAAUUUGAGACUCGCAAAAUUAAGUAAUAAGGUCGUAACUGAUUACAGCUGAGAUCUAACAUGGUACGUGGUAGAGUUAACCAUGCUUUAUAAAAAGUCUUUUUCCACACUUUCUCCUGAAAGUGAGGUGUUUUGGUAGCAUUUGCCAACAUAAAACAGAAAUAGAGCCUAUUAGCAUUACAUGAGCAAGGGAUUUUAAAGUGCAGGGUUACGGUACAGGUGUUAAAACGAAACUGGUCAUGCAUGACAGAGCAUGGCUGUUAUAGUGUUUUGUGCAAGUUAGUGUGUAAUAGUUAAUUGCACUCCUUUUUUAGGUUAAGCGUGAGAUUGUUGCAGGUCUCAAGUAUCAUCAGGUAACCUCCAGGAAAGGAAUAAGAGGUAAGUUAAUUUGUUGUUAGCUUUGCAAAUUUCAAGAAAGUAUGGGCGUUUUUCUCUGUAAAGUAGUUCUAUUAGCUUUAAAGGAGUCUGGCCAGGAACUGGUCAUCUAGUCAAGCUUAUUGGCCAUGUUUUGCAUUACUCCCAUGUAUUGAUGUUGAGUGUAAAUUACUCAGGACCAAUUUACUAAGGUUGAACUUCUAUUCAGGGGACACCCUCAGGACCAAGCCAAGUGUCCCUUACAUGGAGGCUGGGCUGGGGUUUGUUAAUAAUUAACCAAAAAAUAGAACAUUUUUCUUUUAUCUGCAGUCAUUAUUUCAAGCACCUAGAUAAAUGUUUAAAAAUCAUGAUUUAAUUGUCUCCGCGAUGAUUUGGGUUGAAUUACCACAAGUUUAGUAAAUCGAUUUUAGUGAGAUAAUUACACGUUUCAAAAGCUGUAGCCAUUUUGACGACUGAACAAUGAAACAUUUAAGUGCGACUACUGUAACUGGGGCCAGUUAGACAAAGUUAACCAAUCAGUUUACAGGAAAAUAACAAUACAUUCCAAGAAAGUUGGUUAUGGGCCAAUCAGCAGUGUGGGAAAAUGGUAAAAAGUCUUGAGUUUUUUUUUCUUCAAAGCUACAAAAAGUGCUUUAUAAGUGAAGUUUUUUUCAUUUUGGUCAACCGUACGUUUGCACCUCAUCUUGAAGGAAGCUUUGUUCCUGCGUUUUUUAUUGAUCACCUAUUUGAUAACCUUGAGUCUGGAGAAAGAAAUUAUUUGUUUGGAAAAAAGUCUCGAAAAAUUCUUGAAAUUUAUGAAACCUUGAUAUACAAUGAUUGACAUCUGAGUGACAGUAUAAUUAAUGCUUCCAAAUUGUUUAGGGCAAGCUGUCUAUGAAGAAUUAGUUUGGGUAAAAGCCAGUCAGAAAUUGCCCUCAGUGGACCAAUAAUUUUUCUUUCACUUAAUGACUGACUGGAAAAAAAAAAUUUUCCAAAUCUUCCAAGUUUAUUUAGAACUAGGUGGCUAUGAAGAUUUGGCUUGAGAGUUUAGCCAAUCAGAAAUGAUAGAUAUUUUGAAGGGAUAAUGAUAUAAUUUAUCCCAUCGGACACUUUGCCAAAAUGAUGGGAGGCACUUAAAAAGUAAAACAUUUUUACUUUGAAGGAGGUUAGAUUACAAAUUUUGCAUACUCUAUAAUCCCAUACUUAUGACGGGUCACUACUCAGAUCUAGGUGGUGACACAUCAUCAGUAUGGAAUUUCUGCACUUGUUUAAAGUUCUCAGACAUCAUUUCGCGAGGGAACCAGUGCUGGCAUCACAACUUGUUUUCUCAGGCAAGCUUUGAGAUAGAUUACAGUCGUUUGUCUCAUUGUGUUUCAGUUGACAAGUCUUCUUUGAUGGUUGGAAGCUAUGGCCCAAAAGCGGAGCCCCAUGAAUAUCUUACACCCCCUGAAGAUGCUCCAAAGGGAAUGCUUGCUAGGGGGCACUAUAUUGCGAAGAGCAAGUUUGUAGAUGAUGAUAAAAAUUGCCACCUGGAGUGGGAGUGGGCAUUUGACAUUACUAAAGACUGGCAAUAAUGAGUUUUUGUACAAGAUGCAAUGUAAUUAUUUUU